CUUGUAUUGCCGUCUUGCCCGUGUGGGGCAUCUUGGACGCCUGACAGUAGUGCUAGAGCUGUGGGUCGAGGAGGUACGCCUAGUUAGGGGCAGCUCUGCACAACGAAACUCCUCCCUCGCGAAGGAGAUGUUGACUCACGAGAGCUCCACACACCUCCAGUCCCUCCCUGUCUUAUCACCUAGUCCAAGAUUUCUAAGACACUGAAUUUCCUAUCUUUUUAUGUUAAAAAAAAAAUAUACUUUUUUUCCUCACCUUUCACUCCGACUAGUCUGGCGAAACGACAAGAACGAAAAUCCUAUGCCAAAUAUCCAGGGCACUCGACCAUCCCCGUCCAUCUUCGACGCGCAGCACAGAGGGUCUCCCGAGUGUGUGAACAAGCCGACUGCCAAGGCCCUUGACGGCGACGGCUGCUUGCAAAACCUCGAAGCCUUUUGCUGGAAGUGACCAUCAUCCCGCUGAGAGGCUGUCCUGUCUCGUAGCCAUCUCCGCCCCUCCCCCUCACUCCCUCCCCCCGUCACUCCCUCAGUCCUUCACUCCCUGGCAUGACCUCCUCCCCCCCGCUGCCCGCCUCCUGCGCUAGGACCAUGAAGGGGCAACAGCAGCCAGUGGAGAGCGGGAGGCAGCCGAGGACGCACGUCAGCGCGGCGCAGCGACCGAGCCGAUACGCCCAUUUUGAGCACGAGACGGACCACAGCGGCGACAUAUUAGCCACAGCAACCACCGAAGCCACAACUGCGAGCCAGCUGUACCACCACCUGAGCCAAGACGCGGACCAGCUGUGUCCCGAAGACGAUUUCCUGGACCGCUUCGAGGAGGAAGAACCACUCACGGAUGACAUGACAGCGGAGAACACCCUGCUCGCCCACCGUCGCACGGCCUCCCCGGCGGACAGUGCCUCCACUCGCAAGAGCAACAAGCCACUGAUGGAGAAGAAGCGGCGCCAGAGGAUCAACCGCUGCCUCAACGACCUCAAGACGCUGGUGCUGGAGGCCCUCAAGAAGGAUCCCUCCCGCUACAGCAAGCUCGAGAAGGCCGACAUCCUGGAGAUGACGGUGCGCCACGUGCAAGCUUUGCACCGCCACGAGUCCGCGGGUAUGCGCGGGCGCAUGGCGGGCGGCGACGAGAUGUCCAAGUACCGCGCCGGCUUCGCGCAGUGCGCCGCCGAGGUGUCGCGCUAUCUGUCGGGCAUGGACGGCCUGCCGCACGACCUGCACGCCAACGUGCUCAGCCACCUGAACGCCAUCGCGUCCUCCGUCACCUCCAACGUCAACACUAACGCCACCUGUGUCCAGAACAGCGUCAACGUGGCCACCAACCCGCCGCCCAUCAUCUUCGUGCUCAACACUGCGCCCGCCGCCGCAGGGGCGUGCGUGCAGCCGCAGGUCGCGCCCGUGGCAACGCAGCCCGUGGCCUUCCAGGACAGCGCGGGGAACUCCCUGGGCGCGCAGCCGCACGUGACGCUCGUGACCACCGCCAAGCCGCAGCAGGCCCUCCCGCAGCUCCAGCCGCAGCCACAGCAGGGCGGCUUGCAGAUCCUGCCGACGCGCCUCAGCAACGGCGACCUGGCGCUCGUGCUGCCGGCCGCCCUGCCCACCGCCCGCGCGUCCGGCGGCGAAGACCGGCGGCAACCGAGCGCCGCGCUGCAGGCGUCGUCGCCCGUGCUGACCGCCAUCCUGACGUCCGGCAGGAGCCAGGCGUCGGCGCCCGCCUCCGUCGUGGUGCAGCCGCCCGCGCUCUCCGCCGGCAGCGACGACUCGGCGCUGGGCACGGAGCCGCACGACGUGUCCGACAGCGACAUGAGUUCCGGGGUCAGCACGCCGCUGUCCUCCGUCAGCAGCGCGGGGUCACCCCUGCCGCUGGAGGAGGGCGGGAGGGCGUCCCCGAGGCGCGGCGCCCCCGGGACGUCGCGCGCGUCACCCACCAUCAGGCCGCAGGUGUGGAGCAGCAACCACUUCCGGGAGGAGCUGGGCGCGCCGGCGGGCCCCCCGCGGGCCGCUCCCCGCCGCCAGCCCGUCCUCGCGCCCAAGCCCACCUACGCCCCGCGCCCCGCCCACGGCGACGCCCCCAAGCCCCGCAAGGACAGCAGCCCCCCGAGGGAGCCCCCGCCACCGCAGAGCAUGUGGCGCCCGUGGCACUAGGCGCGCCCCUCCCCUCUGCGCCACCCCUUUCCCACCGCCCCCCUCCGCCUUGCCGCCGUCUCGCGCCCUCGAGUCCACAACGCAGCGCCCAAAGGGGGGAAGAAGCUCGCGAAGAGGAAGAGAAAAGCACAAAUGAA